AUGCAUCUCUCUUCAGGAAUCACUCUCGCUGCUGCGGUAGCCGCCCAGGCGAUUUCUCUACCGCUGGCAACUCGCGACCCUCAACCCGAAUCGCGAGUUUCCAUGUGGAAGCCAGCCGUGGGUACGACGUGGCAGAUCGUGCUCCGGCACCCGCUCAAGAUCAACCUGCAGUCUCCCGCGGUCGACCCCGGUCACGUCGACGUGUACGACAUCGACCUGUUUGACAACACCAAGAACGGCACAGACGGCUCGACCAUCGCGGCGCUGCACUCGCUCGGCAAAAAGGUCAUUUGCUACUUUAGCGCGGGCACGUACGAGGCCUGGCGUCAUGACGCGAAGGAGUUCAAGGCCGCUGACAAGGGCAACAAGAUGAAUAACUGGGACGAGAUUUGGGUCAACAUCAACAGUCCUAAUAUUCGGGAUUUGAUGGCCAAGAGGAUCAAGAUUGCUGCGGACAUGGGAUGCGAUGCGAUCGACCCGGAUAACGUUGACGGCUAUCUCGAGGCCCCAGUCAACGACCAAGGCCCAUCCACGUUCCAUCUCGACAAGGCUUCCACCGCCAGCUUUGUCAAGUUCUUAUCCGGCGAGGCGGCCAAGUACAAAAUGUCGACGGGGCUGAAGAACGCGGCCGAGGUGAUUGACGACGUCAUCUCCGAUGUUCACUUUUCCGUCAACGAGGAGUGCGCGGCUUAUAAGGAGUGCAAUAUGUUCCUCAAGUUCAUCAAGGCCGGAAAGCCCGUUUUUCACAUCGAGUACCCGGCCGGCAUGGAGAAGGACGCUGACGAGACGCCCCUUACGGAUCUGACCAAGUGGUGUCAGAAGAGUCCUGACUGGAGCGGGCCGGAUGUGGAUAUCUCCAAGAUGAGUACUGUUAUUAAAAAUCUCCAGUUGAACGGGUGGGUUCAAUACUGCGAUGGCAAAACGUUCAAGACGCCUAGGUGA